UAUCCCCGUUUAGAGGAUUACACACUGUUUCUGUUCACUUUUUGUCGACUUCGAGGUCAGACUGCAGCGUUCACGGCGACGUCCAUCCGGUAGAGAAAAAAGCAGCAGGCGCUUGAAGUGUGUGAGUGAGUGAGUGUGUGUGUGUGUGAGUGCGUGUGUAUGUGCCUGCUCUACUGUACGGCCAGUGCAGAAGGAUGUGUCAGUAAGUUUAAGGUGGACGGAGGUCGGAAUGACAAGGCCUUGGUGUUUGGGCUCAGCUUCAUGGGGUCACCAUCAUCGCAUGUCACAGCCUGACUGACAGAUCCAUCUUCAUCUUUCAAAUCCAGCAUUUCCAUAGUCUGUGAUUAAGGUCAGCAGCAGCAUGAAGGGCGGAGGAGGGGGGAAGGAGGUGCCGGCGGAGGGCGAGGUGAGCGCCAAGCAGCGGCCCAAACGCAAGUGCCUGCAGUGGCACCCGCUGCUUUCCAAGAAGAAGGGCCUGGACUUCUCGGAGGAAGAGGAAGAGGAGGAUGAGGAGGAGCUGGAGAAGGUUCCAGUAGAAUGCGCUGAGCGCAGCGGUCAGGCUCCCGAGUGCGUUUCGAUGGAGGAUGACGGUGAGGAAGACUCUUCAGAGCAACGCGCUCGCCGGCCCAUGAAUGCCUUCCUGCUCUUCUGUAAGCGACACCGCUCGCUGGUACGCCAGGAACACCCGAGACUGGACAACCGCGGAGCUACCAAGAUCCUGGCAGACUGGUGGGCCGUGCUGGAGCCCAGCGAGAAGCAGAAAUACACCGACAUGGCCAAGGAGUAUAAAGAUGCCUUUAUGAAAGCCAACCCAGGCUAUAAGUGGUGUCCUGCCACCAGCAAGCCGGUGAAGAGUCCCACUCAUGCAGUGAGUAAUGUGCGCAAGAAGGCCUGGUCUCUGCCCUCCAACAACAACAAGGACAACACCGUUGCCAAAAAAGUGCCCAAAACAGACAGCACACCACAGCUAAACUUCGCCAUGGCAGAUCCGACAAAGAUGGGUGGCCUGAGCAUGCUGCUGCUAGCCGGGGAGCACGCCCUGACCGCCAGAGAGCCCUCAUCUAGUAGUACACAGAGCGGAGACGCAGAUGUUGCAAAGCAUGGGAAAUCUGCCCUUUUCCAGUUGGCUGAGAUUUCCUCCUGUCCACCUGAGCUCGUCGAAGGGUGUAAAAAUUCAGAGUGUCUAAGUGCAGCAGCCCCCCAGACAGAGGUAUGUGGCCUUUCUCAGCCCAACUCGCCAGAUUUACCCAGCAGCUGCAUGCGCUCUCCUCUCUUCCAGCUGGCUGAGAUAUCAUCUAGCGGUUCUCAGGUUUCGGUAUCUGAGGUGAAGCAGUGCAGCCAGUCUGCUCUUUUUCAGCUUGCUGAGAUGUGUCUAGCGUCUGAAGCAGAAAAACUGGAGGCCCUCUCAUCCCAGCCAGCAAUGGACUCAUCCUCUCUCUGCGCCCAGGACAGUGCUCCUAACACAACUUCCACCAUGGACCCUCCCACACCGACUCCACCGUCAUCACCGCCAACUUCUUGUAAGAAGAAGAAGAAGAAGCCGAACGAUGUGUCAAAAGGCGAGAAAAGCCCUGGCUCACCUAAGAAACCCUGCAAAAAGCGUUCUUCAUCCGUCUCAGACCUUGAGAGCUUGAUGUACACUAUCGAGGCGGUGGCCAAAGGAGCCUGGGGUUCAGAGGAGAUGGAGCCCACCAGGAAGCGAGCACGUUUCUCAGGCAGUCCGACAGAUCAGCCUUCAACAGCUGAAAAGAAAAAGACCAAACCCAAAGCCAAGAAACAGCUCAGGACCAAGGAGGAAGAAGCGCAGAAGGGAGAAAGAGGAGGAGGAGGAGAGGACUGCAAGCCCCUUGAGACGGAAGGGUCUCCGAUUAACCAUGAAGCAGAGAUAAAACCCGAGUGCAAAAAAGAAGAGGACAUCGAAAUGGACAGAGCGGACGAUUUGGAGCCACACAGCUCUGCAGAACAGCAAGUUGAAGGGGUGGAACCAGGCUCUCCACUGCCAAACAAAGCUGAAGAAAGGGAAGCGGAAGUUAAGCCUUUUUUAGUUCAAACAGAAGAGAAAGACACUGAGCCCAAGCCUGAACCCUGUGGAUCCCGGAAAUCAGAGCGAAGCUGUAAGGGAGCGCUGUACAAAACUCUGGUGUCUGAAGGAAUGCUGACGUCACUGCGGGCCAACGUGGACAGAGGAAAGAGAGGCUCCAUGCGUGGCAGUAUAUCCGAGUCCGAGAUAGGAUGGACAGAAGAAAGCUGUAAUUUCAGUCAACCUGCUGCCAGCAACCCCAAAAAACUGAAAAAGUCCAAAUCCAAAGAGGAGCCCGUGCCAGGCAAUUUAGGAAAGCUGGAAGAAGAGUUUGAGAAGAAGUUUAACAGCCUGCCCCAGUACAGCCCAGUAACCUUCGAUAAAAAGAGCACAGCUGUCACCAAACGGAAGAAAGCCAGCGUAGCCAACCCUCUGGAAAAUCCUCCCCCUAGUAAGGGUUCAUCCCCAUCUCAGAAAAAGACUUUAUUCCACAAGAUUGUUAGGAAGUACAAGCACAAAAAGGAAAAGGCUGGAACUUUGGACAAAGCCAUAGCACAGCCUGACCCAACGGCCACCGACUCAGGCAUGGUGAAGUCAGACUCUGCGUGUGUUCCUCUCUCUCCUGAGACCCGCAAGACAGGUGAUGUGCCUGUGGGCAGCCAGAAGAGGAAAGCCAGAAAAAGCAAAAUUACUCACUUGGUGCGCACAGCCGAUGGGCGUCUGUCACCCGCUGAAGCGGACAAGGUGAAGGAGCUGAACCAGGAUCAGGAUGGAAAGCCAUUAACUCAUGAGACUUUAUGCAACACAGAGAGCUACUCCGCUGACCCCGGACCAGCUGAGCCUGGCAGUCUGCCAGCCUUCUUCAGUCUAGCAGCACUUGCCGAGGUCGCUGCCAUGGAGAACAUGCAUCGAGGCCAGCGAGCAGUGAGCAUGGCUGCUGAAGGUCAGGUGAAAGACAUGGCUCCCCAGACUCCUGUGCUGAUCUCUUGCGCUGAUCAGUGAAGGUGUAGACUUCGCCUGCAACAGGACUUAACGGGACGUAUCCGAGAGCUUUGAGCUGGGGAAGGAAUAUAUAUACAGAGACAAGAGUUUGGAGCAAACAGAGAUGGAAGAGAAGAAUGAAGAUGCUUACUAUGAAGGCUUCAACACACCUACACACUAGAGAUCAUGUAGUGGUGUGGCUUGGCUUCCUCCAUUAGCCCUAGACGUUCAGAAAUGAGAGACGGCUGCUGUUUUAAAAAGUUUUUUUGUGUGUGUGUGUGUUUUGUUUGUUUGUUUGUUUGUUUUUUAAUUGCAAUAUGAGAAAACGGACCUAAGGAAACUCUCGUUGAAGUUUUGUUUUCAGUUUCAACCAUUUUGACUCUUUCUCUGUUAGAGGAAAAUCUUGUGGCUUCCUGCUCUCCUUCCUGCCCAGAAGCAAACAUCACGUGUGUGUGAAAUUUCGCUCUAUAGCCCCUGUACCUCACAGCCAGCCUGCUUACGCACCCAAGUCCCUCACAGUGCAGGCUUCACCUUGACAAUGCACAAUUAAUGCCUAGAUGCCUCUUUUCUGAUCACUGACCCGAUCUGGAUAACGG